AUUGGGAAGGAAAACACAAGACCCAUCCCCCCAUGGCAGCCGAAGAGGGUUCCGGCGGCGGCGGCGGCGGCUGCAGCGGCGGGGACAGGAAGAGCUCUCCGGCGCCAACGAAGCCCGGAGGGGGCGGUGCGGCGACGUUCCUCUCGGGGAUGCCGUCGCGCGGCAACUUCUCGUCCGCCUCCGUUUCCUCCAGCCUGGGUGGGUUCAGGGUUUACGUCUGCGAGCACAGCACGGAACCCCCAGAAGGACAAAUCAUACAGACGGAUUCGACAAAUAUUUUAAUCAGACAUCUCCAAUUGAACAAACAGAAGAGUGAAGCUAAAGAUUCAGGUUCGAGGACUCCAGGGGAAACCACCAGAGGGAAAAGAUCUGCUGCCAGAAGUUUGGAUGUCAACAAUUCAGCAAAGAGAGCUAACUUGGGUACCUCCUCUGGGUCAUCAGUCUAUGAAGAAACAAUCUCUGGAUUUUCACAGCACACACUACAAUCAUUUACAGUUGAGAGGUUACGUGCACUUCUACGACAAAGUGGUCUCUCUACCAAAGGGAAAAAGGAUGAAUUGAUCGCACGUUUACGAGAAUCACAGGGUUGACGUGAAGCUCAUAUGUAAUCUUGUCUUGUCGGUCGAAGCCCUUUUGGCAGGGUUUACACGUAGAAUGAGUAUCAUGUUGUAAUUGUUAGUGGUGAUUUUGUUUAGACUCAAAUUCAGUGUAGUGGCAUACUUCGGCCAACACUAUUCCGAGAUUAUUUAUAGUCAGAAUCCGCUAAGUAGUUGUUAUCUUUCAACCAUCAUGAAUUCCCUGUUUUCUCA